GUCUUGCUCCUGGUGUACGUUUUGUACAUCAUAUUCCAACUCAAAUCCCACGCCUAUCUUUACGCCAGUAUCCCACAACAGAUCAUUGAUGAGGAAUCUCACCCCGGUGUUCUGGCUGAAUUCAUGAAUAGUUCGUCAGACUCGAGCAGUUCAUCGGAUGAGUCUGUGGAUACGACAACCUCCUGGUCCACCGCCAAGCGUAUAAAGAGGGCCAUGAAACAUAGGCGUCAUCGCAAGUCGAGCACCAGCUCGCAUGGUACGGUCUCUCCACAGUCAUUCCGUAAGAAGUCCUCGGCCGACAUUCCUCCUGCAGCCGUUAUAGAUGAGCAUGCUGGUUCUGCGGGUGACCUGAGUGUUACUCAAGCCGACGGGUCUGGCUCGUUUGUUAUCGAUUUUGGAGAUGACAGCCGAUACGAUGCCGAUCAUGAACCUCAGACCCGGGACUUCGGACAACCACAGGACAAAGCCUCCAAGGAGGAUCGAAAGGCCAAAAGGCGUGAGCGACGAAAGCAGCGUCGUGCCGAAAAGGACAAUACCGCUACAUCUGUGAAGGGCACAACUGUGACCGGCCGCCCAUCCAUGAAGACAUCCAAGACAGAACCAGCCUUGGAUCAUCCUCAGCCUACGGUGGAGGUUGGAGAAGCAACCGAACCUGCCAAAAGGCGAUCGCCCUUCCGUCCAACCAUUCCAUCUCUAUUAAGCAACACUGUUUUUUCGAGCAACUUGGCCGCUCCUAACUCGACGGUGCCCGCAAGUCCUUCAAAUCCCUAUGGCCUUCGACGAACGCAUUCUCUACCCUCUUUCACCAACCGCCCUCCACCACCGGGAAAUGCCGUUCAGUUUGCCCGGGGUGCUUCUCGCAUGCCCACGACCGUGACCAACAACCCAACUGAAGCGGUCCCCCAGCAGCCGGAACCUGAAAUGUCUCGCACCGCAGCGGUGGUGAUGCUUCUGGUGUCGACCGGUCUUGUCGCAGUGUGUGCGGAGUUCCUCGUCGACGCUAUCCCCACCAUGAUCGAGAGCUCGUCUGUCAGUGAAGCCUUUAUCGGUCUGAUCAUCCUCCCUAUCGUUGGCAACGCCGCUGAGCACGUGACCGCCGUCAGUGUGGCCACCAAGAAUAAGAUGGACCUGGCAAUCGGUGUAUCAGUAGGAAGUAGUAUCCAAAUCGCUAUUUUUGUUACGCCACUGGUGGUCAUCCUGGGUUGGUGUAUGGACAAGGACAUGUCCUUGUACUUCACGCUAUUCGAGACCAUCUGUCUGUUUGUCACGGCCUUUGUUGUCAACUUCCUGGUCUUGGAUGGCCGAAGCAACUAUUUGGAAGGGUCUUUGCUCAUUGCAGCCUAUGUGAUCAUAGGUGUUGGUGCGUUUUAUUAUCCUGGUAGUGGACAGUCCAGCGAUCUUGGCACUGCUGGAGGAUAAGCGGCUGGCAGGG